AUUUUAACUUAUUUCCACUUAUACAUAAACCACUGUGCACUGCUCUUUCGAUCGACGUAUAACGCUCACCAAACCGGCCGGCCGCAUGCAACUUUUGGUGUUUCCGAAAUUCGCCGCUAAAUGCUGCAGCGUUACGAGUACGCAACGUAACCAAUUCUAUUUAUAUGCAAAUUAACUCAAUUGUGGCAAAAGCAUGUUUCGGAAAGCCGAAUCAUAAGUUCGCGCUCGAUUCGCGGCGACAAUGUGAAAAUUCUUUUCGAAGUGAACGGGUGCUUGUGGGAUCAUUUCUAAAGUAUUGGGACUGGACAAAAUAUUAAAAAAAUACAUAAAAAAAAGUGAAUGAGUAUAAACGAUAGAAAAGUGAUAAAAAGGAGUUUCCAAAGAUAAUUACCCAUUUUAAAGCAUAUUUCAGAAAGCAAAGCAAACGUAAUUAAAAAAAAAAAAAUCUAACGAAAAAAGUUGUGCACAAAAGUGAAUAUGUCAGACAGCGAAGCAUCCACUCCGCGUCAGCAACAACGCGCAAAUGGCACAGAACGCUCCCAAUCGACUGAGGAGAAGGAAAUCCCACGCGAACCUGCUCUAGUACACAAAGACAUCAAUAUUAAGACUGAAUUGGAAUGCCUCGUCAAAUUGCUCGACGGUAGAAUUUACAAAGAAGAAGAGGCUGCCAUGGAAGAAUUGCACCAGUACCUAAUCGAAGAUGAAGGCUCAUGGGUACUAGGUGAUAAUUUCCUAAUUUUCGUGCAGCGUAUAUUGCGCGAAGAAAACUUUUCACCCGAUACGCGAGUACAUUUAAUACGUACAUUAGCCUAUGCAGCGCUGAAAGAUGAUGUCAUCAUUAUACUGCAUCAGGAUCGUCGAGAUCAUACGCUAAUGAAUUUUGCACAAGAUAUUGAAAAGCAUACACCCGAAGAACAGCAAGCGUGGGCAAUGUUUAUGUGCAAUCUUUUUGAAAAUCUGGGCCCCUCUGAAUGGCUGCUUUAUAUCUCCGAAUGGGAUUAUAUGGGUCAAACGAUAUCGAAUAUACGCGUUACAACAAAAGUGGCAGUACAUUGCAUACUGUCAAAUUGUCCGCAAUUGAAGAACACCGGCUCCAUGAUGCUCUACAAUAUAGCCAUUAAGGAAGUGAAGACAGUGGUCUUCGAUGACGUUGCUGUCGAAUUGGCCAUGGCAAUUUUGCAAUUCUUUCAAAGUAAUCCAGUCGAAGAACAAGUCUUCCGUACGCUCAAGGCAUUGGCGCGUUUCUUGGAGGUCUCCGCCGAUGUUGCUGCUAUCAUUCAGAUGAUCGGUCCACAUCCAAAGCAAUUUGCCGGCAUGAGCGAGCGUGUCGAUGAGUUGGUGAACAAAAUUAGUCGCAAAGUGCCGGCUUAAAAUUGUAAAUAUGUUUUACACAAAAACAUACUAACAUACAUACAUGCAUACAUUUGAAAACUAUACAGAAUACAACAAUUCAUAAGCGUAACAGAGCUU